GCCCCUUCCGGCUUGCGGCACUACCCGGCUUCCCGCGUGUUAACAAGUGCUGUAAUGGCUUCGGCUGUGUCAACUCUAGGGACUGGCGGCCAGACAGGCGAGAUGGCGGCAGAGGUGUUGCCGAGUGCGAGGUGGCUGUAUUGUGGGGAGCCCGAAGAGAUCCAGAGAGCUGUACUGGUCCAGUUCUCCAAUGGGAAGCUGCAGAAUCCAGGCAACAUGCGCUUUACCUUAUACAAGAGCAAUGACUCCACAAACCCCAGGAAGAGGAAUCAGCGGAUCCUGGCAGCUGAAACAGACAGACUUUCCUAUGUGGGAAACAAUUUUGGGACUGGAGCCCUCAAAUGCAACGCUCUGUGCAGGAACUUUGUAGGAAUUUUGAACAAGACCUCUGGCCAAAUGGAAGUAUAUGAUGCUGAAUUGUUCAACAUGCAGCCACUGUUUUCAGAUGAAUCAAUUGAGAGUGAACUGACACUAGAGAGCCAGAACAGAAGUUACAGAGAAAAGAUGGAUUCUUGUAUUGAAGCCUUUGGAACCACCAAGCAGAAGCGGGCGCUGAACUCCCGGAGAAUGAACAGAGUUGGCAAUGAAUCUUUGAAUCGUGCAGUAGCUAAGGCCGCAGAGAAUAUCAUUGAUACGAAGGGUGUGACUGCGCUGGUCAGUGAUGCCAUCCACAGUGACUCGCAAGAUGACUCUCUCUGUCUUCCUCACUGCUAUGCUGAUGCAGCCAAGCCUGAAGAUGUGUAUAAGUUUGAAGAUCUUCUUUCCCCUGUGGAGUAUGAAGCUCUUCAGAGCCCAUCUGAAGCUUUCAGGAACGUCACAUCAGAAGAGAUACUGAAGAUGAUUGAAGAGAACAGCCACUGCUCCUUUGUCAUAGAAGCAUUGAAGUCUUUGCCAUCAAAUGAGGAGAGCCGAGACUGGCAGGCCCGAUGCAUAUGGUUUCUGGACACGCUCAUCAAAUUUCGAUCUCAGAGAGUGAUUAAGCGGAAAAGUGCCCUGGGACCUGGAAUUCCACACAUCAUCAACACCAAACUGCUGAAGCACUUUACCUGCUUGACUUACAACAAUGGCAGAUUACGGAACUUAAUUUCGGAUUCUAUGAAGGCGAAGAUUACUGCAUAUGUGAUCAUACUUGCUUUGCACAUAAACAACUUCCAGAUUGACCUGACAGUGUUACAGAGGGACCUGAAGCUCAGUGAGAGAAGGAUGAUGGAGAUAGCAAAAGCCAUGAGGCUGAAGAUCUCUAAAAAAAGGGUGUCUCUGGCUACGGGUGGGGAAGAGGAUCACAAACUGGGCACUCUGUCCAUCCCGCUGCCUCCGGCACAGACACUGGACCGCCAGUCAAAGCGGAGAAGAAUUACCUAGAUAUGUACUUUUCAAGAGAGCAUUUUGACCACAUCAUAGCCACUGGUUCUGUUUAUUUCCAUUUUUAUUUUUAAAAAGGAAGGAAAAAAGAAGCCUUGCUUUGGCACAGGUAUGAAGCCAGAAGCCAGCAUCCCAGUCAUGGCUAUCUUACACAGAAAUAGAAAGUGACAGCCAAGUUGGACUUCAUCUCCAUUCUUUGGUGUUGCAGUGAUUACAAAUGGCAAAUGUUUCUCAUGUUGGUUCACAUGUGUGGGGAUUUGGGAGGGUGGGGCCUGGGGAAAUUGGAGUCAAAAGAUCUCACCAGGCUGAACCCUGAGUCAAAUCUGAUGGAUGACGGUUUAUAAAAUGAAAUUUGAAGUGCUGUGCUUGGGUCUGCGAGGGCCAGGGGACUGCAUGGUGAGGAGGAGGAUCUCACCCGGCAGGGCUGGAAAAGGAGGCUUCAGGCUUUAUCAGUGGCUGACUGUGGGUCACCAGUGUGAUGGGGUUGCCACAACAGGCUGCCUUACAGCCUGCUGCGAUAAUGUGAAGCCAAGUCAAAGGAGGGAAGUGAUGACCCCACUGUCUCUUGAGGCCACAUAGAGGGCAGGGGUCGGCUUGGAAAGCCACACUUUGAGGAGGAUGCAUCCUUCAGGGUUCAGUGCAGAAAACAAUUGCUCUAGAUAUCUUAAGAAGAAAGGAGUUUAGUACACGGAUAAAGUGCUAUCAAAUUUUUAGAAGGGCCGGAGAACUGGGAAUGAGCAAGUUGCCUCUGGAACUGCUGAAUUCAAGAGCACACUGCUGGGGUUGCCACUGGAGACCAGGAAGCCACUUCCGCCCCACAGCUGCUUCUCGAAUUCAUGAAGCUGGAGACUUGACCCUGGGGUGCUGAGUUCAGCCACCCAUGCCUCUAGUACCUACGUGUCCACCCCCUUGCUUGUUAGAACAAGCAGCCAAAAGAUCAGGAAGCCGGCCUUGUCAUUUCCUUCCGUGAGUGUAUAUAUAGGAGCCUGGUUUGCAUCUAGAAUUCUAGCAACAAGGGAGUCUUGGAAAUAAGUUUCAGCUCUCCAGGCUCUAGUUACAGGAGGUGAAUGGAUAUACCUGCCACUGGGGAGAUAGAACGGCCUGUGUCCAGGUGAGUGCUAUACAGACCGGAAUGUGACAGGAAGGCUUAGGUACGUGGCCCAGGCUCUGUCUCUGGUCUCCAGGGCUCUUCUGAGGCAGUGGGGACAGCUGUGAUCUGUGGUACUUUGCAUCUGGGAGGCCGGAUCAGUGAAGGGAGACAGCCCAGCUCCCUGAAAAAUGACAGGAGGAAGUUUACACACAGCUGGGCCGUCUGAUAGGGAGCCACAGUGGAAAUGAGUCUUGGAUGAGCUUUGGGACAGGUGGUUCUUACUGUCUUUGAGCUCUGGGAUGUUGUUACCAGAGCCACUUCUGUGGCAAGACUGCCCAAAAUGUGUUUUUGCCGUGCUUCUCUCUUGCGUCUCCAUCGAUCCCUGACCCUGGGUAGGAGACACGUGCAGCUUAUUACUUUGUCUCCCUCCAGCCGAGGUGUGAGCAGGAAAUCUACAUGCUUCUUGUUUUUCUUUAAGCUAUUGUGAAAAUCAAGUAUGUGAUUCCACAUCAGGGAAAACUAUUAAUACCUUUCUGUGAAAAAAGGACUGCUAAAUGGGCGUGUAGGGUAGACCAUGUUUUCGUGAAUACUUUUUAGAUUCUGAUGAGUUUGGUAUGUUGAGGCUUAAUUUCUGGGACUGUUGGGCCCUCAGCAUUUGACUGGGCCCCUCUGAACAACCUCUGUCUUAGUGGGGACCUCUGUCCUGGCCUGUCUUCAGUCACCUGCACAGACUGCUAAUAUUGAUAGGGAAAGUCUAGGAUGGCAGAUAAGUAUUUGUCCUGGGUGACAGCAGGUGUAUCUCACUAAAAUGCAGGGGAUGCAUUCCCAGAGGUUGACUGAAAGCAAAUUUCCAUACAUUGAGGUUUGUGAAAGGCUGAAAUGAGUUUGAAAUAAGUUUGGAGGCUUAAAAGAAGGUGCUUGUUCAGCCUGACAUAUUAAGUGGGCAUUGUCUGUUGAAUGAGUCACAGUAUGUGCUUUCCUUCCUUGGCAAGGUUAUUAGGCAAUAAAUAAUGGAAUAAUGAAAUUGUACUAGG